AUGGAUCCCAUCAAGUACAUCUUCGAGAAACCUGGAUUAACUGGCAAAAUCGCUCGCUGGCAGAUGUUGUUAUCAGAUUAUGGCAUUCAAUAUGUAACUCAGAAGUCCAUUAAGGGCAGUGUGUUAUCAGAGUACCUUGCGCACCAGCCAGUGGAGGACUAUCAAUCGAUGAGACUCGACUUCCCAGAUGAAGAUGUCAUGUACAUAAGAGACUAUGAGAUUCCAGGCCCAGAAGAAGGACCCAAACCAGGAUCGCGGUGGACGCUCGUGUUCGAUGGUGCCUCAAAUGCAUUGUGUAACAAAAUUGGGGUUGUCAUAACUUCUCCAAAGGAUUUUUAUCUUCCCUUCACGGCUAGGUUAUGUUUCAAAUGCACCAAUAACACGGCGGAGUAUGAAGCAUGUAUCUUGGAAAUUGAAGCAUCUAUUGACCUAAUAAUCAAGAUUCUUGAUGUGUAUGGAGACUCAGCACUUGUCAUCUAUCAUAUCAAAGGAGAUUGGGAAACCCGUCAUCCCAAUUUGAUCCCAUAUCGAUGGCAUGUCAUGAAGCUAAUCCCCUACUUUGAUGAUAUUAAUUUCCAUCAUAUUCCUAGGGAGGAGAAUCAACUAGCCGACACCUUGGCUACUCUGUCAUCUAUGUUCAAGGUCAAGUGGGCUAACGAAGCCCCUACUAUUACAAUUCAACGUCUAGACGAGCCAACACAUUGCUUAGCAAUUGAAGCAGAAAUAGAUGGCAAGCCUUGGUUUUAUGACAUCAAAUGA